UCAAAAAUGUCAUGAAUGCUCAGUAUUGCACUUGUCCAACGCGGGCAGACACAUUCUCGCUGGCACGCUUUGUCGGCGUGGCGAGGCGCGCGGCGAGCGCUGUCCAUCCGAGCAUGGAACCUCGUAGAAGCGAAGGACGCGUCAUUUCCGGUGGAAUAUUCCAGCAUCUUUCGCUUUGCUCUUUAAAAGGCCGCAUCACCACGACGUACACAGGUAAACGUGCUGCUGAUGCUGCUGUCAGAAUCAAGUGUCAUCAUAGGCGGAGGAAAAAAAAGAAAUCGCAUUAGAAGAGCGCACAGUUUGGGUGGUGUUUAAAAGGCAUUUUAUCGCUUGAUUUGUGUUCUCUCAACUUCGUGGAGCUCACUUCAGGUAAGGUGGUGGAAAAUGAUAAAUAAAACUGCGCUUUUAGUGAGGAGGUUUUAUGUAAUUGUGACGCAAUUGCACUACUUGGAACAUCCCAAGAAUUUGAGUCUGCUAAAAAGAAGUUUAAAUUAUUGAUUGACUUCAAUGCAGUGCGUAUUCGUUAUGAUUAUUAAAAUUUUGGUUUUAAAAUUUUUCCAUAUUUAUAGUUGUGCUUGUCUUUCAGCUGUUGUGGUCCAGAUAUAGUCAUGAUCCUGCUGACAGCAUCCUCCGGUCUCUUCCAGUGCACCAACAAGUUCUUUCAUAGUGAUAAGGCCACAGGACUCCGAAUCAAGGAGUUUGCUCGAAGAAAUGCUGCAAACGCAUUAUCAGUUGCCAACAUGAUCAUGGGCUUGGCAUCCAUCCUCAGCAGUCUUGAUGGGCACCAUCACACAGCAUGUUGGCUGCUUCUGAUUGGUUAUCUUCUGGAUUUAGCAGAUGGAGCUGUUGCCAGGCGACUUGACGCCUGCUCUGCCCUUGGCGCAAAGCUGGAUGACUUUGCCGAUUUUACAACAUUUGGGAUUGCCACAUCCCUGCUCCUGAGGACAUCUGGGAUGCUGGAUAACAUCCUCUGCAUAUGUUACGCCCUCUCAGUUUUUGUUCGACUCUGUUUCUUCUCAAGUGGUAUCCCGUUCAUGUAUCUUGGCCUACCCUGCAUCUACGCAUCGGCCAUCCUAGCCUGUGCCUCCAUGCUGUCGGGUGGCAACGCGGCUAUGCUGCGAGUCAUUGCUGUGGCCAUGAUCCUCUUCAUGAUUAGCCACAGUUUCUACCCACAUGACAGAGUGUUGGAGUCCCAAGCCUGGAAAAAAGCUGUCUACGCAGGGGGUGUGGUAAUGCUGUUCUGCUCAUUCUUCCCCCCAGCUUGUGUGUACUACCUACUGUGGUCUGUCUCCUAUAUUUUGUUCCCAACAUCCCUUUGGAGCAGUGAAGUUUAACAGUGGCAAGAUGCACUUCCAGAAUGCUGCUAGCUGCAACAGAGGAUCCAAGCUCAUUAACGACAAAACAAACAUUAUUUAUCAUCACUAUUGUUGCAUGUGAUGCUUCGGAGGGAGAUGAAAAAGACCACCAAACAAACCCCCCAAAAAUCAUCUAAUUUGUCUCGUAUGUCAUCGUACAAUAUGUCUCGUACAAUGUUAAUCCACGUUUUCAUUAGCGUUGUGCAAAUAGCAGCAGGGAGUGAAAGGUAAAUAGUGUAUAUAAUACAGUUCUCAUAUUUUUGUACGUUUAUCCCUAAUUAUCAUUUUAAUUUUGUCAAUGCCAGAUUUGGUGUCUGUUGUAUUUUUUCAGUAGGCUGUAAACCCUAAUACAUUCACAGAACUCAAAUGACUAUAGAUAUUAAGAUUAAACUGGAAUGUUUUAGUAAUGUACUGUUUGGUUCCUUUGAGCAUACUACAUAAAUUAGCCAUAAAAUAUUAAACCCUAUUCAAAUUAAGUGGAAUGAUUUUUAACAGAGCUGGAAUAUAUAAUGUGGUAUGAAAAAGUAUCUGAACCUUUUGGAAUUUCUCA